AUGAACUCGUGCUCCAUAAUGGACUGUGGGGAGAAUGCGUACUCUACGUUGAUACUUCCGAGCUACACACUGCUCUACGGCGAAUGCGUUGGACCUGCCACAUACGGGAGCUGUCCGACCUUGGCCACUUGCACUCGUGUCUCGGCUACCAUCAAGGCUCCCUACUGCCCUCCCGGCUAUGGCAUGACCAGCACUAGUUGCGUCCAGGGAGCCUUGCCAACAGUCUCCUCCUCAAGUUUCACCUUCUAUGACAAACCCUUUUACGGCUUAUCACCCAACACCUACACCACACACCUGGACUACAACGCAUGCACGAACGUGCCCCUGAAGUACAGUUCAUACUGGCGCGUGGACCAUGCACCCGGAGGAGCUGGUGAUUGCUUGAAAAUCUCCAUGUAUACUCUUCAUGACUGCAUUGGACUUAUGACUGUGCUCUAUGACCUGCCCUUGAACAGCAUCGAGGCACUGGGUGUCGGACUUGUGGAGAAAGAAGACCAGCAGUUCGAAAUGAUGCUCUCGCUCUCUUCGUCGCUCUGUCCCGUCGCCCUCUCUCCCAUCGCCCUCGCUCUCUUCUUCGCUCUGUCCCGUCGCCCUCUCUCCCAUCGCCCUCACUCUCUUCUUUGCUCUGUCCCGUCGCCCUCUCUCCCGUCGCGCCCUCUCUCUCAUGUCACCCUCGCUCUCUCGUGUCGUCCUCGCUCUCUUACGUCGCCCUCGCUCUCUCACGUCACAAUUUGGCCCUCAUGA